CCUUCUGGGCUCUCUCCGUGGUGACGCCGUCUUGGUGCGCCGGUCGCGUUGCGGGCGCCCCUGGCGGUGGCCGGCUGGGCUGAGGAGCGGAGGGUGUCGGUGGCCCGUCGGGGGACAAUGGCGGCCGCCUCGCUGUGGAAGGGGCUGGUGGGGAUCGGACUCUUCGCCUUGGCCCACGCGGCCUUCUCCGCUGCGCAGCAUCGUUCCUAUAUGAGAUUAACAGAAAAGGAAGAUGAAACAUUGCCGAUAGAUAUAGUUCUUCAAACGCUGUUGGCCUUUGCAGUUACGUGUUAUGGAAUAGUACAUAUUGCAGGAGAAUUUAAAGACAUGGAUGCCACUUCAGAACUAAAAAAUAAGACAUUUGACACAUUAAGGAACCAUCCAUCUUUUUACGUAUUUAAUCAUCGUGGUAGAGUACUGUUCCAGUCUCCAGAUAUAGUGAAUUCUUCUUCAAGCCAAGAUGCUUUGUCAUCCAGUGCAUCACUGAAGUUACGAAAACUUGAACCUCUGCGCCGUUAAGAUUUUUACAGAUUAUAAUAGAACAGGACACUGAGAUGUAAUAUUGGAGUUGGGGAUGUAAACACUUUUUAAUUUCUGGAGCAGUAUUUAUAUUGAUCUUCCAGACUUUAUAAAAUAUAUAUAUAUAUAUAAAAAACUAAGGACCUUCUUUGUACACUGUUAAUGAAAAUGACUGAAUUGUGACUUGGCAAUGGAGUGUAAGUUAUUGCUACAAUUAUGCUGUGAAACAUCUUUGAACUUUCAUAUAUUAAACAAUGUUGCGGUUGAUUUUUUUCAUUUAAAACUAUUCCUAUCCUUAAGAAAAGGCAAAUAAGUUUUUAUUGCAAUGAAUAUCCUUUGAAAAGAGGGAAUGCUUUAGUGCUAUUUAUUUUCUUGGUUUGCUUGCAUUACCCUUUAUGGAACGCUUUCAGAAACAGUAAGUGCACUGCAGCAUUUAGCAGCAUGAAAAGAUAGCUUUCUAUCUGUCUCCUGUUCCUAGAAAGUCUAAGAUGCACCUUUUGGUGUAUGUUUGAAACCCAAAAGAAUGCUUUCAUUCUUACAAUGCUAGAAAAAAGUGGUUAUGUUUGUCAGGUUUUCUAACUCUUCGUUAUCAAGUUAUUGUUUUCUAGUUAUCCUCCUGUUUAAAAGUAGAUUCUCUCCUUCUCCUCCCAAAAUUAUCUGGGACUCUACAUCUGCUAUGUGUAUGGGGGAGACAGCUUGCUUCUUUUUGGAUAAUCUAAUACGCUCAGCUUGUUUAUUCACUGUAUUUGUAUUGCUCUCUUUGCUUGUGUAUACAGGAACGAUCAUGAAAUGGCUGAGUAGUGUUUCAGUACCGUAAGUGGCACUAGAAACUAGUUUAUCUUUCAUGCAUUCUGAGAAGCAGUUUUCAUAAGUAUUAAGACAAAUCCAUUCUAACAAAUUGUAUGUGUUUUCCAAUACUAAGGUGCUAUAGGGAUUAGCACAGGAAGGGGGGUUAAGUGGGCAUGGUGUAACUAGCCCUGAAGCAUCAAAUUAAGCUAGCAAAAGUGUUACCUCUGAGCCAUUAGCUGACUUAAGAUAACUGUUUUGAGGGCACAUGUUCUUAAAACAUGACAUAGCCUUUAACAGUUAGUUUUAUAAUUUUUUUUUUAAAAGAUUGGUUUUACUGUUAAACUUUGUCCAGCUCUGGCAUCUUCCAUUGGUAACUGAAAGCUUCUCUUCUGCUUCCAUGACAUAGCUAAGACCCUGUGCAUUGCAUAAGAUGCUUUACAGGUCCACCUAGAUUUCUGUUUAUUCCCCCUUAAAGCUCUCUCACCUCAUCCUGCAAUAUUUUUAUUUUUAAAAAUCUAUUUUAUUCAACCCAGCAAUCUGAAAGUUCAAAGGCAAAACGUGUAGGAAAACUAAGCACCUUCUGCUGGUCCAUCCUAUUGCCCGGGCUGCCAUGGUGAGAGCAGCAGUAUGGACGGUUGCUCUGAGUAGUUUGAUUUUCACUUGAAGGUUCUUUGGGUUGGUUAAAUAUUCAGAAGGGUUAUUCUGAUCAUUUAAAUGUUACUCUCCAAUCCACUGCGCUAUUUCCCAAAGUGCAUUUGGCUCUCCUUUCUUGGGAGUCACAAAUAAGCUAGAUUAAUUGAUGGCUGCUACAACUAAAGGCCUCAUGCUGCCCCUUUUAACUUAAAACAGUGCUGGUGUACAAGGAGAGGAUUGCUUUUUGCCUUGGCAGGGUACGUGGAGGAAAUGGAUGCAGACUUAGGCCUAAGCCAUCGUGACUUGCUAGCUAGGGAGGAGCAAAAGUGGUAUGGGAGAUGGAAUGAGAUUCUCAUGCCAUUAGAUUAACGACAGAAGAGGUGAAGAAAGAAGGCAAGCAGACUGAUAUUUCAAUUGUUUGGCAGUGUACUAUUUGCAUAAUGUCUUGUAGAGCAGGGCUGCUCACCUUUUAAUAUCUAGGGAGGCCAUGUUCAUGCUACUGUAAGGCCCACUCAGUGCAAAAUGCGCUACAACGUGAAGUCUGGAGUCCUGCUCAGAGGAAAUGUUUGUUUCUCAAGCCCUCAAUGUUGCAUAGUUUGAGAGCUGCAAAGCACCUUGGUGGCUACAUGUGGCCUCUUAGCCACAUGAGGAGUAGCCUUACUCUUUAGCAACAAUGGUUAUAUCACAAAGCUGUACAAAUUAUUUUUUUCUUAUCUUGCAAUGUCCAAUAAAUAACAUAUCCUUACAAA